GAACAACAGGAAUUCUGCAGAUGCUGGAAAUUCAAGCAACAUACAUCAAAGUUGCUGGUGAACGCAGCAGGCCAAGCAGCAUCUAUAGGAAGAGGCGCAGUCGACGUUUCAGGCCGAGACCCUUCGUCAGGACUAACUGAAGGAAGACCACUGGAGGUCGAAGGCAGUGAGCAGAUGAGCCUAGUGGCAGGCGGUCCCCUGCGAAGGGCGAUGACCACAGCAGUCCGGGACCCCAGGCGCCCCGUCGAGAGCGCCUUGCGAGCGAAGAUUCAGCAGGCAUUGGCCCCCGCCCACCUGGAGGUGCUGAACGAGAGUCACCGGCAUGCCGUCCCCCCCGGUUCGGAGACCCACUUCAAGGUGGUGGUGGUGAGCCCGCGCUUCGAGGGGCUGCCUCUGCUCCAGCGACACCGGCUGGUCCACGCGGCCGUCGGCCAGGAGCUCGCUGGCCCCGUCCAUGCCCUCUCCAUCCACGCCAGGACUCCCCAGCAGUGGGCAGACGAUGCCCGCAUCGACACCAGCCCACCCUGCCUCGGAGGGUCCAAGCAUGAGAGCGGCAGGGUGGGGCAGGGAGACCCCACCCCACACCAUCCAGUGACUGAGCACUCCGUCAACAAAUAAACAAUAAACACUA